AUGGCCUCACCACCCCUCUCCCCAACGGUGACCCACACCCUCGAAGCACACGGAAUCCUAGGCUCCCUGACCUGGGCAAUCCUCUUCCCCCUCGGCGCCAUAAUCCUCCGCCUCAUCAACUCGCCCAAAGCCUGGCUGAUCCACGCCGCCAUAAUGUCCUUCUCGCUCAUCGUCUUCGCCGUCAACGUCGGCACGGGACUCUGGGUCGUGAUGGAUUCGUGGGGGACCAAGGUCGGCGACCUCAACCGCGACCUCGGCAUAGGAAACGCCCACACCAUCCUCGGCCUCGCCACAUUCGCCUUCGCAGGGCUGCAACCUUUUCUCGGUCUAAUCCACCACUUCAUGCAAAAAGGCAGCGGGUGGUUGACCAAGAAGACGUUCAUCGGGGCUGCGCACGUCUACAUUGGCCGGUUACUGAUCUUGCUCGGAAUCAUCAACGGCGGGAUCGGCCUGCUGUGGGGGCGCACGAGCUCAAGGGCUCAGAAUAUCGCGUACGGCGUGGUAUGUGCGGUGGUCUGGGUGGUUUAUAUUUUGAUGUCGCUGGGUUACGAGGUUAGGAGGGAGAAUAGGAGUGUUGAGACGGCGAAGGGGCUUGUUGAGAGGAGUUGGGCGGGGAGUGGGAGCUUGGAUAGUAGUCCGACUGAGGGGGAGGGGAAGUUUAAGGUCUGA